AUGAAGGUAACCGCGCUCGAUUCGCGCCGGCUCAAGCAGCUGCUGCGGAAGGAGCCCGCCCGGUGCCUGGUCCUGGACUGCAGACCGUAUCUCGCCUAUUCGGCCUCUUGCCUGCGGGGAUCGCUCAACGUGAACCUCAACUCGGUGGUGCUCCGCCGCGCCCACGGGCGGCCCGUGCCUUUGCACUUCGUGGUGCCCGACGAAGCGGCCCGAGGGCGGCUGCUGCUGCCGCCGGCUCGCCCGGAGGGGAGCGGAGUAGGAGGCGGCGGCGAGGACGAGGUGCCGCCGCCGCCGCCUCGACUGCUGACGGCGGUGGUCGUGCUGGAUCAAAACACGCGCCACUGGCGGAAGCUCAAGAAAGAGAGCACGGCGCAAAUCGUGCUCAACACGCUGCUGGCCAGCCUGCCGGAGCCCGGAGCCCGCGUCUGCUUCCUCAAAGGAGGUUAUGAAUCCUUUUAUUCACAGUAUCCUGAGUUCUGCAUAGAUGCAAAGCCCAUAUCCCAAGAGAGGAUCGAAGCUGAGAGAAACAUCAAUGGCCUCUAUGAGAAGCAAUGCAUCCACCACAAGCCAGCGUAUGAUCAGGGUGGCCCUGUGGAGAUCCUGCCUUUCCUGUACCUUGGCAGUGCUUACCAUGCUUCCAAAUGUGAUUUCCUAGCUAACCUGAACAUCACCGCACUCCUGAAUGUCUCCAGGAAGAGCUCUGAACCCUUUACAGAUCAAUAUUGCUAUAAGUGGAUUCCAGUGGAGGACAGUCACAUGGCAGAUAUCAGCUCACACUUCCAGGAAGCCAUAGAGUUUAUUGACUGCACCAGACGGGCAGGGGGCAAAAUCUUGGUGCACUGCGAAGCCGGGAUUUCUCGGUCUCCCACGAUCUGCAUGGCGUACCUGAUGAAAAUGAGAAAGUUCCGCUUGGAGGAAGCCUUUGAUUACAUCAAACAACGUAGGAGUCUGAUCUCGCCAAACUUUGGUUUCAUGGGCCAGCUGCUGCAGUAUGAGUCAGAAAUACUGUCUUCUACUCCCAGCCCUCCUGUUACUUCAUGCAAAAGGGAUGCAGUGUCUUUCUUCACUGAAGAGCUGACUCUGAGCAAAAGCUUCGAAGGAUCCUGUUUUGCUUUUCCUACCUCAGUUUUGAGUUCUGUGCCCAUUCACUCACCUGUCCAUCAGCUAAAAUUGAACCCUAUUGCUGCAACAUCUUCCUGCUGGACACUCCUGGGAGCAAGAGACAAUACUAUCCCAUGACCCCCAGCAGAGACUAUAACAAGACAUUUCAUCUACAUGCAACCCAGAGGACCUCAUGAGUUUCAUCCAAAACCGGACACUUGAUGGGCUGUCUACACCAGGAAGGGGAAAUGUGGUUUAACAGCAAGAUGGGAAUCAUUGUUCAGGCCAUUUAAACUUGUGCUAACUACGCAGUUACAGGUAAUCUUCUGCUGAGUCUAGCUAACUUCUGCUUCUAGUUCAAAUUGCCCUAAGUUUCUAGGUUCAACUAGAAUAUACCCUUUCCCUUCCUAGAAGUAGAUACCCUUCAUUAUGGUGA